GCUUCUACUCUCUCCAUGAUCCAUACUCUUCCCCUACUCAUUCAUUCCUCAGGGAGGUGUUUGCUUCGCCUUCCUCACUCACUUACCCUCAGUCAUUCAUACCUACUCUUGCACCAUGUCUCAUCAUUCAUUCGGAGGUCUGACGCUGCCUGUUGGUCAGGGUGCGCCAAUCGUCCCUCUUGGCCUGUCCUCUACGACCGCACCUCCCGUCGGCCCCCUUGCCUUCAACUCUGUCGCAGAGACCAGCGUCGGUGCUUCCACAGCUGCUCCUGUCAUCACCUCGGUUGUGCUCCACGCCUCCGAGCGCCCCCAGGCCACCCUCGCCUUCCCAGCUCAAGCCGGCCUCACCGCUCCGCCUGACGCCAUCCUGUCCCUCCCUACGAAAUUGGCCAACACAUCUAGCAACGGCCGCUCUAGCUUCAAGAGAAGUCGCUCUGGAAGCGAGAAGCGCAAGGCCCAGAAUCGCAAAUCCCAGAAGGUCUGCCGUGCGAGGAAUAAGGAGAGGAGCGCACUGAUGGUGCGGGCUCAGGAGCACCUGCAGAUCGAGAACGACCGCCUCAAGGAAGAGAAUGAGGUCCUCCUCGAGAUGCUUGCACAGGUACAAGCUGGCUAUCUUCCACCUUGCGCCAUCGUGCUCCCCGCGAAGAGGAGCCCCACUUCGUCUCCCCUCCGCAACAUCGACGGUCAGACUUCAGGGGUACUGGCACCUUCUUCUGAAUCGCGGAGUCUCGAUCCAUCCUCCGGCUCCUCUUGCGACUUCACCAGCUCUCCUUCCAUGCGCGUCUCCAGCGCGGAGCAGAUUUCAGGCAGCUUUCAGACAUCGUCCGCGGAGAUCUCAAGCUCAAGGAGCUCUGAUGGUCACGAGUCGUCGGGCGAAUCGAGCCCUCGUGAGCGCUCCCAUUUGUUCACGGACGUGAAUUGGACUCGCGGUGACAUGCUCUCGCAUCCAGAAGUCGGAGAUGCUCACCCCACAAUGCAUCAGAGCCCGUCGAACAGCCAGAGCUGGGAGCAAAGCCCUCACGGCUUCGUCGAUGCGGCUCUAGCUGCAAGAGUCCACGAGUGGUAUUCACAACAGGAACCCCGGAGCUGUGUGGGCCUUGAACAGCAACGUGUAGAGCUGAGUCAAAUCAGUCUGAGUGCCGUACUACACUUCAGUGUGCCGUGUACAUACUUUGCCUCUUUGCUUAGUCUCAAUAUCACAAUAGUACAUAUUAGCCCUAGCUGAUCCUUGUGCCUGGCUGAGGUGGUGCCCACGGCUUCCCUCUGGUCCGGUCUUAUCGCCUCCAUGGGUCUCCCUCUACGGAGUCCGGACAGCAUCUAUUGCCGUCUAUCAUUCACAGCCGCUAAAAUCUUGGCUAUU